AUGGUCAUUGCCAAGGCCAGCUUGCAGCAUGCCUUCAUGAUUGACGAGAUAUCGCUGAAGUCAAUUUUUCCUGAAAUGGUUGACCCGUACUAUGAUCCAGAGAGAAAUUAUGAGGAUAACUCUUAUAACGGCUUCGUGCGAGUUUAUGUUGGAGACUUGUUUUCUCUUUACGUGAACAUCGAUUCCAAUCGUAUGUACGAGGUAUACCCGCAUUUUAAAUGUGCUCCAAAUGGUUCAAUUCGUGUUUAUGAUAAUGGGUAUGGCUCGGCCAAGGAUGGAGUUGGUAAUUUUGUUGCUUCGGACUUGUCUAAAAAGAGGGUCUACGCUAACCACUUGGGUGUUUCUUGA